AUGUUCCCACAGAACACACCACAUGCCCAAUAUCCGACAUCGACCCCAGUCCAGAGACCGCAAUCAUCCUCGGAUACUCUAAGGUCGAACUACUAUGCGAACAUACAAGCAGUGGGUAGCAAUGGGGGCGGAACGAACAUGCCACCGCCUGGCACAAUGCUCAGUCCAACAUACGGGAAUACGCAAGCAGCGUCCAUGCAGCUGGCAUUGAACACAUCUUUCGACUCCACACAAAUGCAGACACCUCCUCCCACACGGGGCACUUCUGCGAGAAAGCCUCAGCAGGACCAGCAGAUCGCGUUCGGCACACCAUCGACCAUCGCUUCUCGCCGAUUCAUGACGCCCCAGCAUGCAGCUGUUCUACAUAGCAACGCGCCAGCAGCACAGCAGACGCCGAUGCAGUACCCGCAGCUCCAAUUCUCGCCCGACAUGUAUAACUUUGCGAAUCCGGGCCCGGCUUCAGCGCCCGUGGCAUCGCAGUCGACCUUUCUGUGGGCACAAGCUGGGAGCCCUAUGCAGCCUGUGCCUGGUAACAGUCUUGAGGAUCCCUUUGCACCUGCAAGAUUCGAUGCAGGAUGGUCAAUGGAGGGCUCGCAACACUCCAACGCGCAAGCGAUGAGCUUUGAUACACCAGCCAUGAACAGCUUUCCAGUGCAGGCCCCACAUCCUCGACCUGCUUCUGCUACGGUAGCACCGGGAAGCAAUCCACUGUCCAGCAUGGCUAAUCAUGCGUCGAUGGGUGUGGAUCCGUCGCUGUUGUACAGCUCGCCUAUACGUCCCAUUGUCAGGUCCAAUAGUCGAACGAACAUGAGACAUGCUGAAGAUGCAAGCAUCGGCAGGAGCGCAUCAGCGACGCAUCAACGGUCGGACACGCUCUUGUCGAACACCACUACUUCAUCUCAGCUAUCGUCGAGCUUGCAACGCAGUAACACGGCCGGCACUGCGAGGCCGAAGAGCAUGUAUACGUCGAUGAGUGCGACAGAGGCAAUUAGUCGGAGCGGCAGCUUCAACCAUGUCACCCGGACAGCUUCUCCGGUGAAGCGUCUUGGUCGACCACCCCUUGGUUCGAUAUCCGAAGGCAAGCCGAGACAUCGAGCUUCCGUCAUUUUGACAAUUGACGAGAACGGGCGAGCUCGCACGGAGACUACACGGGCGGAAGAGAGUCCGACUCGAUCCAUUCGCGAACGCUAUCCAGCGUUGUUCGAUAGCGACUCGAGUGAUGAGGACUCAGAUGGGAGUGACAAGACUCCGAGCCGACCUUCGUCUUUCAUCUUUGACAAGCGUGACGAGCGCAGGGCGAAAGCUGCGAGGCUGGAUCCUCCGGUAGAGAAUCUGGAAGGUCUGAGCAUCCCACGGUCUUCUUCUGCUGCCUCAAUGAAGAAGGGAGUGCCACCGUCACGUGCAGCUGUCGCGGCCGCCGCCCAGCUUCGGAGGCAAGGUAGUCUUCGAAGGAGUACGUCGAGCCGCAACUCGAACCGCCGCAGUGUGACGACGACUUCGAUCGAUACAUGCCCGAUGGAUUUUUCGGCGUGCUCUCAGCAGGCUGGGGGUGCGAACGAGGACUCGCAGCAGUCAGGAUUCGGUCCGGGCUGGGCUGCACAUACAGAAAGCUUUGAAGUGCCUUCUUCUCGUGCUGAAUCAACACUUGAAGCCCACAACAGACGCUGGAGCAUCAUGAACAGCAAGGAUCAUUUCCAGGUGGCCAGCAAUAUCAUCCGAUGCGUCCGCCUUCGCAAGGCCAGGUGA